CGUAUGGCAUUUGGUGUGAGGGCUAGCCGGUGUGUAAUAUAUGGGUAGUGAACAUCGUGGUGAUUUGGAUUAUGAAUAGAAGUUGACAUACAUUGACGAAUAUUUUGUACGUUAUUAUUUGACGUUUAUUAUUGCUUUCUUCAUACGUACUCCAGGUCAAUAUUGUGAACAGAAGUGUCACAACUUGGUUAACAAAAUACCUUAACUAAACAUGUCAGUGGUGGGAUUUGAUGUUGGCUUUCAAAGCUGUUAUGUUGCAGUAGCUCGAUCCGGGGGAAUCGAGACUGUUGCGAAUGAAUACAGCGACCGAUGUACACCCUCGUUUGUUUCGUUUGGACCACAUAAUCGUUCAAUAGGCACCGCAGCCAAGAAUCAGGUGGUCACAAACUGCAAAAACACUGUCCAGGCAUUCAAGAGAUUCCAUGGCCGAGCUUUCACCGACCCGUUUAUCCAGGCAGCCAAGUCAGGCUUGGCCUACGAACUUGCUCAGAUGCCCCAAGGCACAACUGGUGUUAAGGUUAUGUACAUGGAGGAGGAGAGAGUUUUCAGCAUCGAGCAGCUCACCGGCAUGCUUCUAACCAAGCUGAAGGAAACUGCUGAAGCUGCAAUGAAGAAGCCUGUGGUGGACUGUGUUAUCUCUGUUCCCAGCUAUUUCACGGAUGCCGAGAGGAGAUCACUGAUGGAUGCAUCACAGAUUGCCGGAUUGAACUGCCUCAGGCUAAUUAAUGACACAACAGCAGUGGCACUUGCCUAUGGAAUCUACAAGCAAGACCUGCCCAACCCAGAGGAGAAGGCCAGGAUAGUGGUGUUUGUGGAUCUGGGACACUGCGGGUUCCAGGUCUCUGUAUGUGCCUUCAAUAAAGGAAAGGUCAAGGUUCUGGCGUCUGCGUUUGACCCUGGCCUUGGAGGGAAAGACUUUGAUGACGUCCUGGUGAAGAACUUCAGCGAGGAUUUUUCCAAGAAGUACAAGCUGGAUGUUCAGUCAAACCCUCGCGCGAAGGUGCGCCUCUCCCAGGAGAGUGAGAAACUGAAGAAGCUAAUGAGUGCCAACUCCUCGGACCUGCCUCUCAACAUUGAGUGUUUCAUGAAUGGCAUCGAUGUCACCUCCAAACUUAACAGGGGCCAGUUUGAAGAGCUCAGCGCCGGGCUGUUGGCCAAGGUAGAGGGUCCCCUGCGCAGCGUCAUGGAGCAGGCCAAGCUGAAGAAGGAGGAUAUCUACGCAGUGGAGCUGGUGGGUGGUGCCACCAGGAUACCCGCAGUCAAGGAGCGAAUCAGCAAAUUCUUUGGCAAGGAGCUGAGCACGACACUCAAUGCUGACGAGGCUGUGGCCAGAGGCUGUGCACUGCAGUGUGCGAUCCUUUCCCCGGCCUUCAAAGUACGGGAGUUCUCCAUCACCGAUGUGGUCCCCUACCCCAUCUCUCUUAAAUGGAGCUCAGAUGGAGGGGAGGAAGCACUUGGGUCCAAUGACUGUGAGGUGUUUCCCAAGAACCAUGCGGCGCCCUUCUCCAAAGUGUUAACAUUUUACCGCAGAGACCCAUUCUCCCUGGAGGCGUACUACAAUAACCACAAAGAGCUGCCCUACCCAGACCCAACAAUAGGCCAGUUCCUGGUCCAGAAGGUAAUUCCACAAGCGUCUGGCGAGAACGCCAAGGUGAAAGUGAAGGUACGAGUGAACGUGCAUGGGCUGUUCAGUGUCUCCAGCGCCUCGCUGGUGGAGGUGGUCAAAUCCACAGAGGCAGAGGAGCCAAUGGAGACGGAUCCCAACACAAAGGAAGAUGAAACAAAAAUGCAGGUAGAACAGGGAGAGCAGAAACCUCAGGGAGACGGCCAGAGUGCGGAUAAGAAAUCAGACUCUGAGGACAUGGAGACGUCAGAGGAAGGGAAGCAGGAGAAGAAGACUGAUCAGCCUCCCUCGAGUAAGAAGGCCAAAGUGAAAACAAAAACUGUGGACCUGCCCAUCCAGAACAGCCUACACUGGCAACUGUCAAUUGACAUGCUGAAUGGAUAUGUGGAGAACGAGGGCAAGAUGAUCAUGCAGGACAAACUGGAGAAGGAGCGAAAUGACGCCAAGAACUUUGUGGAGGAGUAUGUGUAUGAGAUGAGAGACAAACUGCACGGAUUACUGGAGAAAUUUGUCACUGAGGAGGAACGGGACUCUUUUUCCUUAAAACUUGAAGACACAGAAAACUGGUUGUAUGAGGAUGGAGAGGACCAACAGAAACAAGUGUAUAUUGACAAACUGGCUGAAUUAAAGAAAUUUGGACAGCCCAUCGUGGAGCGCUACCAAGAGGCUGAAGAGAGACCAAAAGCAUUCGAUAGACUGGGGAAACUACUACAGCAGUAUAUGAAAAUUGUUGAAGCUUACAAAACUAAGGAUGAGAAGUAUGACCACUUGGAUGAAGCAGACAUCACAAAGGUGGACAAGAUGGUGAAUGACACCAUGAUCUGGAUGAACAGCAAAAUGAACCAGCAGAGCAAACACAGUCUUACCCAGAAGCCUGUUAUCACCGUGAAGGAGAUCCAGGCCAAGACAAAGGAGCUGUUGGAUGUUUGCUCUCCUAUCGUCACAAAGCCCAAGCCCAAAGUGGAGCUUCCCAAAGAGGACAAGGCGGAGCAGAACGGCCCAGUGAACGAACAGCAGGCCGGUGAGGCCCAGACAGGAAGUCCACAGAAAGGCGGUGCUGCUCAGCCAGGCCCUGAGUCCACGGAGAGCAAGCCACAAAUGGACCUUGAUUAAACCUGAUGGUGCUGUGCGUGUUAGCACUGGUUUGCCAAGGUCUAUGUUUGUGCUUCAACACCUGAUGGACUCUUCUGUUCUUCCUGUGCCCCAUGGUCAUUAGGGCAUGUCUAGGCUAAUUUGCAUUCUAGGCCUGUCUGUCUACUGUACUGUUUUUCUUUUUUCCUCUUUUUUUUGUUGUCUACCGGUAUUAAAAUUAUUUGACAUAUAUAUGUUCGGUCAAAGUUUAAAACCAAACAGCAAAGACAACAUCUAUUUUCUGAAAGCUUAGUGGAUGUGAUUAUCAUCAUUAUGUGAUGAUUUUUUUUUUGGCAUAGUGGGUUGUACAAUGUAGGAACAUAUUCAUGUUGGUUUAAGUUAUUUUGAUCCCAUAGAUACAUCCAAAAAAUAUCAAGGUGAUGUGUUAGACAUUUUGGGACCCUGUUUCACCAGAUGAGAAAAUAGUGCUGAUUUCAGCUGUUUGGUUUUGACAUUUCCUGUAGAAUAUCCCUACUGUACACACAUCUAAUUGUUGCAUUCUCAUCCUAGUAAAAUAAGAAUGGGCUGAAUUUAGCUGUGUAUUUAAAGAUGCAUAUACCUAAAAAAAAAAAUCAUCGUAUUUCUUGCUUGGCACAGCAGCAGGCAGAAUUGUGGCUCCGUGUAGUUUUAGAAUACUCGCCAAUCCAUGUUCCAAAAUUGUCAUAAGCCCACUAGAUAAUCAUGAUGAUACUGUCCAAUGUAACUAUUAGAGUACAUACAUGUGGAGAUUGAGCUCACAAAAUUAAGACUUGUGUUUUCUGACCUCAAACUGCCUCCACACACUAUAUGUAAAUAUGGGAUGCUAGGUAAAGAUUUAAUGACAGAUUUUCAGUGAUGAGAUGGUGAGGUUAUGUGCAAGCCAAGCUUGGUUGUCUAAAUUAUAGUGUUGUAAGAUAUGUAUUUUAGUGUCACAUUUAUAAACAAAGCACUCUAUGUUGAAGCAGACCUUGGUCACUGUUAUGCAGUAUUUCAGUGUUAAGUAAAGAAAAACAUCCUCCAGGGCUGGACUUUUUUUCUACUCUGUAUCACUGCUCAACAAAUAAAAGACACCUUUUUUGGUGUACAGUCAACAUA